AUUCAUCCAUUUUCUUGCGUAAGAAUUCUUGCCAAAAUCUCCUCUCUACAGUCUCUCUUCCCCCAUCUCAUUACCGCAGGAUCUUCUCACUGUUUUCCUGUCCGAAUCAAAACUAUACUUGUGAAGAGUUGCUGUCGCCAUGGGUGAAUCAUUCACUAUACAGAUCAGCAGCAAUUUAGUCAAACAACUUGCUGAUGAUGGUGAAAAACUGAAGAAAAAAACAAGGAAGCCAAAAACAAAGAUACAAAGAGAGAACAAAACAGCGCAGGCUAAUGUGCAUCAGAAGCCAAUCUCUAGUGAUCCUGACGUAGUGAAGGGGCCUGCUGCUACAGGAUGGCCUGUUCAGCCUCCUUUAUUCAUGCCAGUCCCGCCUCAACCUCAACCUGCAAUCGCGGAAUUAGAUGCUAUUCGAUCUGUCCUCAAAGAGAGUGAGAAGGUUUUGGAGAGGUUGCAGAAACAGGAGGAAAAUAUGUUGCAAGAAGUGACACAAAAGGCGAAGGAUCUGCACGAUAAGGAGUUCAAGCUUCCGAAUAAAAAGCCUAUCCCCUGCGUGGACGAGAGAGAUGCUUGUGUGAAAUGCUACAAGGAACACGAAAAGGAUCCCCUAAAUUGUGCUAAUGUGGUUCAAAAUUUUGCAGAAUGUGCUCGCAGAGUUAAGAACCAAGCCGGCUUGGUGGAUAAGUAGAUUUAACUCACAAAUGAUAUUUUACAAGUUGGUUGCCAGUUCUGGGCCACUCCCAACUUCACUUGGUGGAAAUAAGAAAAAGAACUCUAAAUUGUUUUAACCAUGUAGACUUGAAGAAGCUUAUGGCGGUUGCUUUUUGUCCUCUUUUCAUGGCUUCUAAAUUGUGGAUGCAAUGAUUUUGUGGCACUUGCCAAAAAUGAAAAUUUCCAAAACAGGUAUUGCUGGUGGUUUGACCGGAGAAAACCAUAAAUAUGGUAAAUGAUGGACUUGUUACUUUCUUUCUUUA